AUGGCUCAGCUUCCUCCUGGGAUUCGUUUUGUCACUUCGUUCUCUCGAGAUCAGUGGUACAGAGCUUUCAUUUUCUCUCUCACUUUCCUGCUGUAUGCCAGCUUCCAUCUAUCAAGGAAACCUAUCAGUAUAGUGAAGGGAGAGCUGCAUAAGCAUUGUUCAAGUCAAGUUGAACUUGACUCCUACAAAGAAUAUGCUGCCCAGAUCCAGCCUGUCAAAAAGCCAUUUAAUGCCUCUCAGUGUGGAUGGGAGCCAUUUGAUAAGAGCAACUACAAACAGCUCCUGGGAGCGCUGGAUUACUCAUUUUUGUGUGCAUAUGCAGUUGGAAUGUAUUUAAGUGGACUCAUCGGAGAGCGGCUGCCCAUCCGGUACUAUCUGACAGGGGGGAUGCUCGCCAGUGGCCUCUUCACUGCCAUGUUUGGAUUGGGUUAUUUCUAUAAUGUGCAUAAUCUGUGGUUUUACAUAAUGGCCCAGAUAGCUAAUGGGUUGGUGCAAACCACUGGCUGGCCGAGUGUCGUUACAUGUAUUGGUAACUGGUUUGGAAAAGGAAGGAGAGGUUUGAUCAUGGGAGUCUGGAAUUCACACACUUCAGUGGGGAAUAUCCUGGGAUCCUUGAUUGCUGCUUACUGGGUGUCCACGUGCUGGGGUCUCUCCUUUGUGGUGCCUGGGGUCGUCGUGGCUGUCAUGGGGGUUGUUUGUUUCCUGUUCCUUAUUGAACAUCCUAAAGAUGUCAGUUGCUCCUGCACACCAUCCAGUAGUUCUAAAACCUUCCUGAAUGGUGCCUCUCGGUGCAGAAUCCAGAUGCCAACCUUAAAUGCUAAGGAAAAUGGCAAAUCUCAGGAUCCAGAGGUGCAGCAUUUACUCACUGACAGCGAGAGCUGCAGCGUGUCCCUGAGCUCCAGCACUGUGGCCACUGGGGAAGGAAGGCAUGGGACAUCAGCCAUCAGCUUCCUUGGGGCCCUGAAGAUACCUGGAGUUGUGGAGUUCUCCCUUUGUCUCUUGUUUGCAAAGCUGGUGAGCUACACUUUCCUCUUCUGGCUUCCCCUCUACAUCACAAAUGUAGAGCAUCUUGAUGCCAAAAGAGCUGGGGACCUUUCUACACUGUUUGAUGUGGGUGGGAUCUUUGGUGGGAUUUUGGCAGGUCUCAUUUCAGACAGGCUGGAGAAGAGAGCAUCCACCUGCGGAAUGAUGUUGCUGCUUGCAGCACCCACACUAUACAUGUUCUCUGCAGUCAGUAAAAUGGGCCUUGAGGCUACUGUAGUGAUGCUGCUUAUCAGUGGUGCCCUGGUGAAUGGCCCUUACGCCCUGAUCACCACUGCUGUCUCUGCUGACUUGGGAACCCAUAAAAGCCUGAAAGGGAAUGCAAGAGCCUUGUCCACAGUGACGGCGAUCAUCGAUGGGACAGGGUCUGUGGGUGCAGCUUUGGGGCCUCUCCUGGCUGGCCUUAUUUCCCCUUCUGGUUGGAACAACGUGUUCUACAUGCUCAUGGUGGCAGAUGCAUGUGCCUUGCUACUCUUACUCCGUCUUAUCCAGAAGGAACUUCAGUGUCAUGCAGAUCACACCCUGUUCAAAGAGCACUGAGCUAUGAGACCAGAGCUGGGAUAAGGAGUGUGCCAAUGGAUGGAGCUCUUCCCUGAAAACCAAAC